ACGCCGGAACUGAUUUUGAGCCUGGUUUAAGCAACAGUGAUAGUUUCUUUAAAUAUGAGUUGUUUUACACUUUCUGAUCUCGUCCAACACCUCAUGUCUAAUAUAUUGACAUGUAGCUGACGUUUUUUGUCAUGGAAAUACAAGAAGAAUAUGUGGAUCACCUACGAGUGGUGUUCGAAUUGUGUGAUGUACACAAAGAGGGCAUCAUUUCUGUGGAGCAGUUUGAGAAUGUUGCUGCACCAUUCUUCUGUGAUAACGUAGGCGAGUCGAACGAAGACUACGACGAGGCUCUUAUCACCGUUGUCCAGUUGCUAGAUCCAACCGAUUCUGGCUUCAUCACAUUUGAUACCUUCUGUGAAGGUGUGUGCCAUCUCAUCUUGCAGGAUAGUGAUGUAGUUAAUACAGAACCUGAAGAUGUGGAUGAGGAGGAUGAGCUGAAAGAUGGGGAUGCAUUCAGGAAAGAUAAUCUAGACAUACUGGUUGACGAGGAUAUCCGUAAAACCUGUUUCUCUCAGCGAUGCAGCAGCAGGCUCAUGUGCAAAGAUGAGAAAGAUGAUAAUUCCAACCAGCCCGUCGAUGCGUACAGAAACGUGAGCAGGUGUGCACACCGCCACGCGAUGAACGGUCAUGACGACGCUGUGCAGCAUGGACACGACGACAGCGCCACCUACGUAGACGACAUUGAGAAGAUCUUUGGACACACAGCGAGGACAGGUGACGGCAGCGGCCGUGACGAGGAGACUGACAGUGCGUUCAUGUCAUCAUCUACGCCCGGCAAUGAAUCGCCCCGCGCGCGCGACCUCAUGGACUUCCACGAUGAGCGACUGAACAGGCCGGAUUCAGAGGUGACCGACGAGGAGCAGUACGAGGACUACGGUGAGAAUGAGGAGAGCCUCACAGAGGCAGAAUAUGACUCACACACCUCACUGAGCCUGUUCGACGGUGAUCUGACUCACAUCCGCCCCCACAACAGCAACGGACCAGACGAGUUGUACAGAAGACCUCCACACGCGAGAAAGGAGUCUUGGAUUCGGCGAAAGCGGCUGAGCAGCGGCCUGCUGAGUCCACCUUCCUGGACUAUUCCAACGAAAGCACGAAUUUCAUCGAACGCUCAAGCUAGCCAGCUAUACAGAGGCGCAAACUCAUCAACUCACAGCAACCGCAGCUAUGGCAGCAGCAGCCGCAGGAGCAGCACAUCCGACGAAAUGUUCGCUGAGGAAAUUGCCGAAGAUGUGCACGAUCUCAACUCGAAGGUAACCCAGUUGCAAAAGACAGUAGCUAUGCUAGCUGAUAGUCAGUCACACACGGAGGAUAUGAAGAGCAGACUGAAGCAGGAAAAUGCUGCUCUACAGGCUAGGGUGCACAUGCUGGAAGAGCAGGUGCGUGAUGCCGAGAUAAAGGGGGAGAAGCUGUGCACGGAGGAGGAGCGUCGAUUCCGUGACCAGGUGCACCGCAUCGAGCGCGAGAAGAACCAGGAGAUUGAGAAUCUGCAGUACAGGUUACAGAGCCUUGAGAAUGAGUAUGGUGAGCUGAAGGACAGCUUGCCACAGCUGCGCCAGCAGCUUGACCGCGUCAAGCAGGAGAAAUACACGCUCGCCGACCAGCUGUCUGAGUGUGAGUUCAACCUAUCCAACUUGCAGGAGGAGCACAAGCGCGUGCAGGAGAGGUGCCACAUGCAGCAACGUGACCGCGACGCAUCCGACCAGGCACACAUGCAGUUGGUAGAAGACAUGAGAACUGAACUGGAUGAACUGCGCACGUCCAAGAUGGCUGGGCUCAGAGGGAGCCACCUGGAGGCAGCUAGGAGGAUAAUGGAUCUUGAAGCUCAAGUCAAGCACCUGAAAAAUGAGAACAAGAGCCUAAGGGAGAGCAAUGAAGACAUACAGCUGCAGUUUCUCAACCAUGGCCUCGAGGAGGGUCACAAGUUGCUUGGUGUCACCAGCCCUCCGUCGCUGGCAGCCGAGCUUGCCAAGCUAUCUCGAGACGAGCUGCAAGACAAGUUGAAAGAGCAGGAGGACAUCAACAGACGGUUGCAUGCCUACAUUGACAGCAUCCUCGUGCGCAUCAUAGAGAACAAUCCUGCGCUGCUCGAAGUGCAGCAACUUCCGUCCUAGACACGAUAAGACUUCUGUGCCCAGCUCCGCCACACCUGCUGAUGUUGUAACAAAUGUGGGGCUUUCUCCCUGUGAGACAGCCAUGAACAAGGGAAGGCGGGAUCCCACGCGAUGCGAGUGAUAGGCGAGCGAAGCAAACUUGUGAUAUGUUGCAGCCACGAGGAACAGGCAACCUGACCUGUGGGAUGCUGACGGAGUGGUGCCAUUACGCCUUCCAUGUGGCUUUGGCUCACGCAAGGAUCUUUGCUAUGGUAGCAUCCACUAGUGGCAUAAGUUCAACACUCCGUGAUUGGUGUGGUGAACACAAAGAUUUUUGUGUGUCAGUGCAUGGGUGCGGGACAACCUCUAACAAACUACCAUGAGUGAUGUUUGCGGAGUAUGCUUCUGAUGCUGUGCAUACUGGACCUAUCCCGUCUGUGGUCGGACAUUUGGUUGAGAUCACAUUUGACUUUUAUUGUUGUGAGAGAGCUGGAGAGUAUAUAUAUAUAUAUAUAUAUACAUAUUAUAAGCACAUCUCAUUCGAGGAGCACAGCAUCCUCGUGCACGGACGUGUACGAUGGAGUAGCAGUCUGUGAUGGCUACUCCAUUGGAAACAUUCUGACUACGCUGCCAACGUCUCCAGCCACAGCAAUUGCUCUGAGAAAAGCACCUUCAUCGGCAGAUCUACACAUAGAAAGUGGUGCAGCACUGCCUCGUAUUUGCAGUCGGGUCGAUGCAUAAACAGCAGCAUCGUAGUACCAUCAGAAAAUCGGCCGUAGAUACGCGUGUGCUGUCAAUGUGCAGAAACACUAGCAUUAUAGAGCAUUCUAGAGCAAGAGACCAUGGAUGCAUACGUGUGGUCUUUUAAUGAAUAAUGAUGUGAUUGGUAUGUAUGCUGAAGUGUUACUGUAUUACCCUGACUGCUGUUGAGUAAGUAGAUAGAUUAGAUAGACGUAUGAAGGCCCGUGGUGUCUUGUGUGCCAAUAGUGGUCUACUUUUUGGAUAUGCACAGACUUACAGAAUAGUGGGAGAUGGUCAACUUGCGAAUGAGAGAGUCAGCUGAGAUAGAAAGGUGUUGUUUACACGGUCCAUGUGAGAUUAUGUCAAUAAUCUGUAUGUUAGAUGUUUACGUCGUCUAUAGUUGAUGAGAUGGUAGGCGUAGAAAUAGAAGCUAAACAUCAUUCGUAUUCGAUUUGUGAGCUCAGUCAUGUAUAUAAUUUAUUCGUGCAACCAGCGCCUUUGCUUUGACCGGGAAAAGAUUUUAUGAGUAUUUAAACUGUGUUUUAACAGAAAUCAUGUCAUAAACAUAUAAAUUUAUACUAUAUAAGUAUACAUAUGCUCAUGGUCAUGACGCAGGUUCAUUGGUCAAUUUUAAUGCUUAUAUUCGACUGUUUAUCAUGGUUUUCUUGUUGUUAUAAAUUGUAUACUUGGCUCAAUGCGAUGUAUAUCAGUUAUAUUUAUAUUAUAUUUCUGUAAAUGUCAGCGUUUCUCAUGAGUCCGAGUACAUAUGCAAUAGUACAACUAAUAAUUUUUAUCGAUUUAAAAUGGCCUUCGAUUGCUACGCAUCAUUGCUAAUGUACGAUGUGAAUGUGUGAUUUACAGCUUGUUAUGCCGCUGAGGCAUGAAAAUCGUAUUAAUUUGUCUCGCAUAAAAGCUGUGGUUUGUCUCCUAUCAAUUCUGUGUGAAUUGCGAAAGUUGUGUCGUUUUAAACAUGUCAGGAAUUAUUAUUAAAACCAAGGCCAUGUAAGCACUGCCGAUGAGAAAGCCAGGAUAAAGCAGGAAGAUUGAUUUUGUAAUUUGCCAUGUAUUGUUUUAUUGCAACACAAUAAAUUGUUGUAUAAUUGUAA